GUGGAAUGGCUGAAAAACGACAAGCUGGUGAGUUCACUGACCGACGACAAGGUGGACACCCGGGCCGACUACGGCCUCAUCAUCAACGAGGCGCGCUUGUCCGACUCGGCCAACUACACGUGUCUGGCCAGCAACAUCGUAGCGAAGCGUCGCAGCGCCACGGCGCCUGUGAUCGUCUACGUGAAUGGCGGCUGGUCGCUGUGGACGGAGUGGUCGGCGUGCAACGUGCCGUGUGGGCGGGGCGUCCAGAAACGCUCCAGGACCUGCACCAACCCGGCGCCGCUGAACGGAGGCGCUUUCUGCGAGGGCAUGUCCGUGCAGAAGAUCACCUGCAACGCGCUCUGCCCAAGUUAGUCCCACUUCUGAUUUUCAGCGAAGAUGAACUGAAGUCGGGAUGCACGGUUUGAUCCGCGGCAUGUCAGUAGAAAACACAAAACUGGAGGAAAAUGUGUGCGUGGAGGAAAACUAACACAGAGCAUUUCUUAGGGAAGCAUGGUGGUGGUACCAGCAUGCUGUGA